UGGGAGGAAAGGUUGGUGUCAUCCGCCCUCGCAGCUCCGUCGCUGAUGCAACUGGCAGACCUUUGGCCUUGUGUUUCCGGCCCUCCUCGUUUUCGGACGGAUCUCGUGCGUAAAACUCUUCGGUACCUCACUUACUAGAGUACCAGGAUGUGUGAGAAAUGCAACGAACUUCAGUAGUCCUUCGGCGUGUGAGCAUUGCACAUGGCUUUUCAGCCACGUCAGAAACGUACAGGAAGUUUUCGCCCCCUCUCCCUCCGACGUCCGAAUGUCCGAUCAAGUUUACGUCACCUCUUCAAAUCUCUCCCGCUUCCUUUUUUCUUUCAUCACCUUCUCCAAUCUCACCAAAACCCCAGUCCACUGAUCAGCGCCAGACAAGGACAAGAAAGCUCACUCAGUUGUCUGAAAGCCUAUCGAUACCAUCACGUCACCGUCAAAAUGUCCCCAAGACUGCGCGACACCGUUCUUUCUGGGCUAAGACUCCAGCCCAAGUCCAAGAGUGCUAGGACCGAUCCGGAUGACUCGGACACCUUGCCAAUGUCGGACUUCAACGCGGCUGUCGACCCAGCUGUUGUUGCGGCCUCAACCUCAAGGCCUCUCCUUCCCACAGUGACAACCGACACGACCCAGCCAUCAAAAUCGGAGACACUUACCGUACCUCCUUCGUACAACGAGGCAAUGACAACGUCCCUAAGCGGCAAGGGCAACGCCCCUUCCCAGCUCGUCCAACAGUUUUUCCACGGCGGCGAGGUCAACUGUCUCGGGCUUACCAAGGCUGUCCGGCCCGUCGUCUGCCUCUAUUACGAGCUGCUGGAGCAGGCCGUAUCCCGUUUCAUCCAACCAAGGAUGGAGAGGUGCGGGAUAACUGACAUCGAGACGCCGGCCAUGAGGCGCCUGGUGAUCCAUUCAGUCGCCAACUACGCCUUCAUGUUGGCCAUCGUCCACGCCAGCAGCCGGUACCAGCUCAAGUGCGGCAUUCGCCUCUGUGACGACGAUGAGGUCCACGCCAUUCGUACCCACGUCAGGGCCGAGAUGCUCCAGGGCUUUCUUGAUGUGAUGCCGCGUCUUUCGGACACGAGUAACCCUGAUACUGGGAUCCCAUACUCUGAGGUGGCGCGGGCCCGCAGGUCCUACUUUGUGAAGUGUUUGGCCGACCGCCUUGAAUAUGAGCUAGAUGACGAGCGUGAGAGACUGAUGGGCAUCAAGAUGACCCUGAACACCGGUGAGCUGGAUGGGCCCAAGGUGCAGGAGUGCUGGCGCUUGUUCAAGGCUGCGCUCGCUCAGGCUGGCGGCGGCAUGCACGACUUGCUUCUUCCCUUGGGGUACGAGGAGGGGAAGGGGCCCGAGCAGAAGUGCCUGAGACCGCUUUUCUACCAAAAGUGUCACUUGCCUGGCUGCCCCUUGUCCCGGGGAGCGCUUACACGAUAUCUUUUUGGCACAUGUAUAUAAAAGCCGAUGUAGGCGUGGCCUGGUCCCGUCUCUCACUCUCUCUCUAGAGUGGACCUUGAUUCCCGUCUCCGUAUCCUUCUUCUUUUCCCCUAGUUCUAUCAUAUUCAGGCCCCUCGAUGUAUUCUUUCCUAGGGGUACACUCAACCUAUGUAUCUCCUACAGUUAACAGCAAGCCGAGCUCUUCAAGGGUAUCUCGAUGAAGAU